CCUGCGACGACCCAUCUACCGUGUCGCGAAGAUGGCCACUGUCCCAGUUCCCGCCAGUAUCCCUCCCAAUCCCACAGUCUACGUUCGUAAUCUUGAAGAACGCAUAAAGCCCGAUGAGUUAAAAGAAGCGCUGUCCGAAAUCUUCUCGGAAUACGGGACGAUCCUCGAAAUCAUUGCGAAGAAAAACCUCAAGGCCAAGGGGCAAGCAUUCGUCGUAUUUGACAAUGUCGACUCCGCAACCCGCGCCAUUGACGAAAUCAAUGGCUUCGAUUUAUUCGACAAACCAAUGGUCCUGGAUUACGCGAAGACAAGGAGCGAUGCGACAGUGCUAAGAGAGGGAGGGGAUGACGAGUUAGAAUCCCACAAGCGGAGGAGGCUAGCAGAGAAGGAGCGUCGACAAGCGCACGAAGCCCUAGAGGCCCAGAAGAAACUCAAACGCCCACCAGUCGGUGCGCCCGAGGCCACGGGUCGCCCUGCCAAGACAGCAAAGGGUGCUGGUCUCAAGCCCACGUCCGGCGCUGCGGCGGCCGUUAUCCCCGACGAGUAUCUACCCCCGAACAAGAUUCUGUUCUUGCGGGAUCUUCCCGAUACAGCAGACCAGGAGACUCUCACGAGUGUUUUUGGAAGGUUCGAAGGGUUCCAGGAAGUCAGACUGGUACCGGGGAGAAAGGGAAUUGCAUUUGUGGAGUACGAGAGCGAAUCUGGCGCUAUCAGUGCGAAAGAAGCUACAUCGGGGAUGCCGAUGGGCCCGGAGGGGAAGCCAAUUCGGGUUACAUUCCAGAGACAAUGAGCUGCUUAUCGUUGUCUUAUUUCUUUUUUUU